GUGGCGACGAAGAAUUUUUUGAUCUGUAGACGAAGAAAGCGAAAAGGUUGCGGAAAAAUGGACGCGAGUAUGAUGGCUGGACUCGAGGGUCUUCCUGAAGAAGACAAAGCGAAAAUGGCCUCCAUGAUCGAUCAGCUUCAGCUACGUGAUAGCUUGAGGAUGUACAAUUCGCUAGUCGAGAGAUGUUUUGUGGACUGUGUCGAUACAUUCACGCGCAAAACUCUGCAGAAACAAGAAGAGACUUGUGUUAUGCGAUGUGCCGAGAAGUUCCUCAAGCACACAAUGCGUGUAGGUAUGCGGUUUGCCGAGCUCAACCAGAACGCACCAACUCAAGACUGAAGUCUAGGUUAGUUCAAAUUUUGGUCCGGUUUAUAAGUACGAAUCCAGAAUAAAUCGGUUGUUAGUUAGUGGUUCACACAACUUCGAUACUGUUCUUUCAAUUGAUACUCCUGUAGUUUGGAAUUACUGUCUAAAUCCUAUUUUUAUUGAAAUGAUUUGUAAUU